CGUCGCGCGACGCGCACUUUGACCCCCACGGCCGCCGCAGAAACAACGACUAUGAGUACCAGCUACCUGCACACGACACACCCUGCGGCAAGCGUGCACCUUUUCUUCUUCCGUUCCAUGCGGCCCUCUCUCCUACCCAAAGCAAGCCACUCGACCAUGAAGCUCCACAACAUCAACCCGUCGUCUCGAAAGAUCUCCGUCGCCGUUGCCACGCCGGUCCUCGUCCUGCUGGCGUUCGCCGUCUUCUCGCUCUACGACAUCAACUUCGCUGAUAGUUACCAGUACAUACGCCGCGCCUCCUCUGCGUCGUCGUCGUCGUCGACGACGACGCCGAGUCUGGCCACUACCCCUUCGUCUUCGACGGUUCCGGACACGUCGUCGUCGUCGUCGUCUCCGAUCAACUCCUCCUCGUCUUCGACGUCUCCGGCCGCCACCACCGUCGAGGCCUGCGACCUUACGCGGGGCCAAUGGGUGCCGGACGACGUGGCGCCGUACUACACGAACCUGACGUGCCCGUUCAUCGACGACCUCCAGAACUGCAUCAAGUUCGGCAAGCCGAGCCUCGAGUUCCUGCGCUGGCGGUGGCAGCCCGACGGGUGCGACCUCCCCCGCUUCGACGCGGCGCGGUUCUUGGAGGCCAUGAGGGGCAAGUCUAUGGCAUUCGUCGGGGACUCCCUCGCCAGGAAUCACCUCAAGUCUCUGCUGUGCAUCCUCUCCCAGGUGUCACAGCCGGUGGAGAUCGUCACGAACACGGAGAUCGAUGUGACGGGGAGGGCCGUCCGGCGAGACUUCCACUACGGCAGGCACGGCUUCAACGUCUCCCUGUUCUGGUCGCCCUUCCUGGUUAAGGCCAACCUCUCUAACGCGGAGCUCGGCCUGGGCCUAUGGGACAUGCACCUCGACACGCCGGACGCCCGGUGGGCGGCGCACAUCGCCGACUUCGACUACAUCGUUCUCUCGGGCACCAACUGGUUCUUCCGCCCCUCCGUGUACCACGUGGGUGGGCGCCCCGUCGGGCGCAACAGCGGUGCCAGCGGCGCCCACAACGCGACCGAGAUGCCCGUUUCCGGCGCAGUGCGCGCCGCGUUCAGCACGGCGCUCGGCGCCAUCGCGGCCCGCGAGGGGUUCCGCGGCAAGGCCCUGGUCCGGACGGUCACGCCCGCGCACUUCGAGAACGGGGAGUGGAACACCGGCGGCGACUGCGUCCGCACGCUGCCGUUUCGCCGCGGCCAGCGCGCCCGGGACGCCGUCGUGGCCGAGUUCCGCGCGGCACAGGUUGACGCGCUCCGGGAAACCGAGGCGACAUCGCAUCGAGACGGCGCGGAGCUGCGGCUGUUGGACAUCACGGAGGCCAUGGAACUGCGGCCGGACGCGCACCCGAGCCGGUACGGACACCCGCCUGGCGGCAGCGUGGAGGGGAGCUUCGUGGUGGACUGCCUGCACUGGUGCCUGCCGGGGCCGAUCGACCUGUGGAGCGAGCUGCUUUUCCAGAUGCUGGAUGCUCAUCGAUAGCAUUGCUCGUGUUGUCUUGACAUUGAGUGAGUGGUGCAAAAUGCAACUUCUGUAAAUUGAUGUUUUGGCCAUGUCCAGAGCAAAGUAAAUUCACUUUUUUUUUGCACAAUUAUAAGCCUAAUAUCACACGCACAGUGAGCAGGGUUUUCUGUAGAAGGAACUCAGAAGUGGCAGUCGUGCCACGCACACUUUCACCUGCAUCGCCAGCAGGCAAUACAAAGCGCAAGCUGCGCUGCACAUCCUGCAUUUUCUCCGUUCUCCCAUCCCUUGACUUCUGAACAAGAAAGCGUCCUGAAUCGUAUCCGUCAGAACAUAGCUGCGUCCGUCGAUCAUGAUGCCACACAAGAACAGCCCGUCGUCCCCAAGGCGAUCGCCCGCCAUUGCCACACCUAUCAUCGUCCUGCUACUCCUUGCGCUUGUCUCGCUCUACGACAUGACCUUCUCUGAUCGUCACCCGCACAUCUCCUCCUCGUCGCCGUCUCCGGCUGGCGUCGCCAGUGCCUGCGACUUCACGCGGGGAGAGUGGGUGCCGGACACAGAGGCGCCGUACUACACGAACCUGACGUGCCCGUUCAUCGACGACCACCAGAACUGCUUGAAGUUCGGCAAGCCCAGCCUCGAGUUCAUGCGGUGGCGGUGGAGGCCGGAUGGGUGUGACCUCCCGCGCUUCGAUGCGGCGCGGUUCUUGGAGGCCAUGAGGGGCAAGUCCAUGGCCUUCGUCGGAGACUCCCUCUCCAGGAACCACGCCAAAUCUUUGCUCUGCCUCUUGUCCAAGGAGGCACAACCGGUGGAGGUCCGGACGGCGCCGGAGAUCGACGUGACGGGGAGAGUCGUCCGGCGCGACUACCGCUACGGCAGCUACGGUUUCACCAUCUCCCUCUUCUGGUCGCCCUUCCUGGUGAAGGCCAACCUGUCGAACGCGACGCUCGGCCAGUGGGACCUCCACCUGGACACGGCGGACGCCCGGUGGGCUUCGCACAUCGCCGACUUCGACUACGUCGUCAUGUCAGGAACCAACUGGUUCCUGCGCCCAUCGGUGUACCGCGAGGGAGGGCGCGUCGUCGGGCGCAACGCCGCCGCCGCCGCCGCCGGAAACUCGACCGAGCUGCCCGUGCCCCGUGCCGUGCGCGCCGCGUUCCGCACGGCCCUGGGCGCCAUCGCGGCCAGCGAAGGGUUCCGUGGCAAGGUCAUCCUCCGCACGGUGACGCCCGCGCACUUCGAGAACGGGGAGUGGAACACCGGCGGCGACUGCGUCCGCACACGCCCAUUCCGGCGCCGCGAGCGCGAGCUUGGCGCCGUGGAGGCCGAGUACCGCGCAGCGCAGGUUGACGCGCUCAGGGAGACGGAGGCGGUGAUGCGGAGGGACGGCACGGACCUGCUGCUGCUGGACAUCACGGAGGCGAUGGACCUGCGGCCGGACGGGCACCCGAGCCGGUACGGUCACCCGCCCGGUGGCAGCGUCGAGGGAACUUUCGUGGUGGACUGCCUGCAUUGGUGCUUGCCGGGGCCGAUCGACCUGUGGAGCGAGCUGCUGCUGCAGAUGCUGCUUUCUCGACAAUAGCACUGUUCGUGCUACCAUUCAAGCUAAAAGAUUUUUUUUUUGCCAUUGUUCGAAGCAAAGUAACUCGGCAUUGUUCAAAGGAAGCAAAAAGUUGUCCAGGAUAGUCUUUUCUCUUGCUUUUGGGGCCAGCCAUUGCGUCCGGCUCCCGAGUGGUUGACUUCCUUCAGCAACUAAGCUACUUCUUUCUGCUGCAACUUUGCUUAUACUAUCGUGAUCACGAUC